GGAGACCAUCCUGAAACUGAUGUAAAGGGCUUCCUCGUCGAAUAUCGUGCUGAAAAGGACAAACAUUGGAUGGUACACUCGGGAAUUAUUCCCUAUAAAGGACCCAAUCACCAGUAUCGAGUGCAGAUACCAAAACUUCCGACCGGAGUGGCAUAUUUUGUCCGUAUCAAAGUGCUCGGAGCUCAUAAUGAGAUUCUAGUGGAGACAGCGGAGAUCCGAGCUCGAAACGAGAUCGUCUCGAUCAAAUGCGAAAGCGGUAAGGAAUUCCGUCAAACCUAUCAGUCCGGGAGGUAUCAUGGGCAUCCAUGA